AUGAGUUGCAGUGGAUCCCUAAUCUCACCGCGUCACGUCCUUACGGCCGCACAUUGUGCGAUUGAGAACCUAGACGAGACGAUGGUUAAGGGCAAAUGCGACGGAGUGUUGAAGAACUACGUGCUAUCAGAGAACAAGCCAAAAGAUUUCACCGUAUACGUCGGCACCCGUUGUAAUCCUCCCGAGGAGUGUAGCAGUAAGCGCUCUGUUACAAAGGUUUUUUUCGACAAAAAAAUGAACUUCUGCGUGCGGAAAGUACAGAAAGGGGAGCUGUACGAUUGGCUGGUCACACACGAUCUUGCAAUCCUCGAACUCAGUAAGGAAGUUGGCAGCAAGGAUGCCGUUCCAAUUUGUUUACCGCACCGUGAACUUUCACUGGCAAAAGAACUUCAGGCUGCUGGGACUGGACUUCAGAGUUCGAAGUCGAUUAUCGGCCACAAAAUUGCUACAAUUCCAUUCAUCACAGAAGACCACCAUGAAGUAAUUCUGGGACAGAGCAAUAGAACUUCUGUCUUCAUGGUCCCUGCAACUGAGAAAGGAGCCUGA